CACCUCCGGCACCCCACACCUCCCAUGGCCGACCAGCUGACAGAGGAGCAGGUGGCCGAGUUUAGGGAGGCCUUCUCCCUGUUCGACAAGGACGGGGAUGGCACCAUCACCACCCAGGAGCUGGGCACCGUCAUGCGGGCCCUGGGCCAGAACCCCACGCAGGCGGAGCUCGAGGGCAUGGUGAGCGAGAUUGACCGCGAUGGCAACGGCACUGUGGACUUCCCCGAGUUCCUGGGCAUGAUGGCCCGGAGGAUGAAGGACAGGGACAGCGAGGAGGAGAUCCGGGAGGCCUUCCGCGUGUUCGACAAGGACGGCAACGGCCUGGUCAGCGCGGCCGAGCUGCGGCACGUGAUGACCCGGCUGGGGGAGAAGCUGAGUGACCAGGAGGUGGACGAGAUGAUCCAGGCCGCAGAUGUGGAUGGGGACGGGCAGGUCAACUACGAGGAGUUCGUCCGCAUGCUGGUCUCCAAGUGAGGGGCUGGCAGGUGCUGCAGCCCCACUGGGCUCGCCCUCCUCUGCUCUGCUCUGCUCUGCUGGGGAUCUAGCUGCCGCAUGAGCCUCAGGCCUCGCAUUGCUUCCUCUCGCCAGCGUCCUCCGGCACUGCUGCUUCUCCGGCAAGGUGAAGUCAGGCCCGCUUUGUGCAUCUCGCUUUGUCUCC